CGGGGCUGCGGCCGUGCCAGCGCCGUCCCUGCGCCCUUCCCUGCCGGCCCUGGCACAGCCCUACCGCCGGGGCCGGCCUUCCCCUCCCCGGGGGCUCGGGAACCCGGCGGAUUUCCCGGCGGCGGCAGGGCGCUCCCAGGAGCUGAUGGAGUUGUGGUAGCUAGCUCCGGAGGGGCUGGAAGGAGCAUGGUUAAACACCAACCCCUGCAGUACUACGAGCCCCAGCUAUGUCUGUCCUGUCUGACCGGGAUCUACGGCUGCCGCUGGAAACGGUACCAGCGGUCACAUGAUGACACCACCAAGUGGGAGCGCCUCUGGUUCCUCAUCCUCACCUCGUCCUUCUUCCUCACCCUGGUCUGGUUUUACUUCUGGUGGGAAGUUCACAACGACUACAAUGAAAUCAACUGGUUUUUAUAUAACCGAAUGGGAUACUGGAGUGACUGGUCCAUUCCAAUCCUUGUAACAACUGCUGCUGGCUUUACCUACAUUACAAUGUUACUGAUCCUGGCUCUGUGUCACAUCGCCGUGGGACAGCAGAUGAACCUGCACUGGCUGCACAAGAUUGGCCUGGUGACAACCUUGAUAACUACUGUGGUGACCAUGUCAUCGAUAGCGCAGCUUUGGGACGACGAGUGGGAGAUGGUAUUUAUUUCAUUGCAGGCCACAGCCCCUUUCUUGCAUAUAGGAGCCUUGGCAGCUGUCACAGCCCUGUCGUGGUUGGUGGCGGGGCAGUUUGCACGGACAGAGAAAGCCACUUCCCAGAUGCUGAUGUUCACUGCGUACCUGGCAGUUGUAGUUGCACUUUACCUCGUCCCCCUCUCCAUCUCCUCCCCCUGCAUCAUGGAGAAGGCAGCCCUGGGACCCAAGCCAGCCAUCCUGGGGCACCGUGGGGCGCCGAUGCUGGCACCAGAAAACACUCUGAUGUCCUUCCAGAAGGCAGUGGAGCAGAAGGUGUCCGGAGUCCAGGCUGAUGUGGUACUGAGCUACGAUGGGGUGCCCUUUCUGAUGCAUGACAAGACUCUCAGGAGAACAACAAACGUGGAGGAGGUGUUUCCAGAGCGGGCCUACGAGCACUCCUCCAUGUUCAACUGGACGGACCUGGAAAAGCUCAACGCUGGGGAGUGGUUCCUGCAGAAUGACCCUUUCUGGACAGCGGGGUCUCUCUCAAGGGAUGACUACCUGGAGGCUGCCAACCAGUCAGUCUGCAAGCUGGAAGAUAUGCUGGAGGUGAUCAAGGACAACACAUCCCUCAUCCUGAACUUCCAGGACCUGCCAGCAGUUCAUCCCUACUACAGCACUUACAUCAACAUCACCCUGGAAACCAUCCUGGCAUCGGGAAUUCGGCAGCAGGCUGUGAUGUGGCUGCCAGACACGGAGAGGCAGCUGGUCCGACAGGUUGCUCCAGGUUUCCAGCAGACUUCUGGCCUCAAGCUGGACGCAGAGCGCCUGAGGGAGAAGGGCAUCGUGAAGCUCAACCUGCGGUACACCAAGGUCACCAACGAGGAUGUCAGGGACUACGCCACGGCCAACCUGAGCGUCAACCUGUACACGGUGAACGAGCCCUGGCUGUUCUCCAUCCUGUGGUGCGCCGGCGUCCCCUCGGUCACCUCCGACAGCUCCCACGUCCUCCGCAAGGUGCCUUCCCCCAUCUGGCUCAUGCCUCCAGACGAGUACCACCUAAUCUGGAUCACGUCUGAUCUCAUUUCAUUUCUCGUAAUUGUAGGAGUUUUUAUAUUCCAGAACUAUCACAUGAUCAGGUGGCGCCUGGGAAGCAUCAGGACUUACAACCCGGAGCAGAUCAUGCUCAGUGCUGCCGUCCGCCGCUCCAGCCAGGACGUCAAGAUCAUGAAGGAGAAGCUGAUCUUCUCAGAGAUCAACAACGGCGUGGAGACCACGGACGAGCUGUCCUUCUGCUCCGAGAACGGCUAUGCCAACGAGAUGGUGACGCCCACGGGCCACCGGGACACCAAGCUCCGGAUCAACUGAGGGCUCUGCUCCGGCCCCGCGCACCGCGGCAGUGAGAGCCGUGCUCUCCUGCUUCCCGUGGGAUGGGGACCUCUGAGGAACUGCUGGUCGGGCAGAAACCCCGUCCCACUCCCCACCACUGGCUGCUCCACCUCCCUGGUUGUGAGGCUGGGGGGCUUAUUUUUGUAAAUAUGUAGAAAAUCUG